UCUACCAGUUCUACUUUUCACCAUGGAUAGAACUUGUAAAAUGGCGUCUCACUGAGACAUUCCUGUAUUUGUGCGUUUGUUACGGAUCAUUAUUGAUUGCGGUCAUUGUAAUCAUUUGGAUCGUUGGAAUUGCUCUGUGUAGUGAUUUUAUGUUUCAUCUAUUAAUUAUUUACUAAAGUUUCAUUAUGGGCACAUCAGAUUUAGAAGGUCCUGAGUGUAAACGAGAAUCUUUAGGAUUAGAUUCUGAUGCAGAUGGAGUAAUUGAUCAAAGAAAGAAAAAAAAAAGAAAACAUAAGCAUCAUAAGCAUAAGAAGGAAAAAUUAAUUGAAAGAGACGAUGAACGAUUGGAUAAGCAAGAAAGACGAAAACAUAAAAAACACAAAAGACAGAAAAGAGAUAGAAAUAUGGAAAAUGGUACUAUAGAGGAGAAAAUAAACUCCAAUAUAGUGCAUAAAGAAAUUGAUAUGAAUGGAAAAACAAAAACUUCUGUAUUAGAAGUUGUUUCUACAGAAGAAAGUGAAGAUGAAAAAUUGAUAGAUCUUGAUUCUGACGAAGUGGAUUGUACAAUCAUAGAAGAUGAUAUUGAUCUCGAAGAAUUAAUGAAACAAAAGGAACGAUUGCAAGCAUGUUUAGUACAAUAUCUCUCGGAUGAAUCUGAAAAGGGUGAAGAUAAAGAAUUACAAGAAGAGGAAGAAGAAGAAACAAAAACAAUUAUGGAAACGCCUGAUGUAAUACUUGUGGAAGAUGAUAGCGAUACUAAUGAUAUACUACCGAAGAAACGAGGUAGAAGUAAAUCAGGCAGUAGAGAACGUAAGAAAGUGAUAAAAAUCGAAAGACGUGUUAUAGUUGAUAUGACUAGAGACAGAAAAAUUCGUGAACAGCAUAAAGAUAAGAAAAGAGAUUUUGACAGGAAAAGAGAUGAGAAAAUCCGCUUUAAAGAAGAAGGAAAAAGAGAAGAAAUUCGAAGAGAUGAUAGAUCUUCGCGAAAAACUAGUGAAAGGCAGAAAGAAGAAACGAGAAAAGACGAAUCCAACAGAAAAGUUGACGAUGAUCAGCAGAAACGUAAGGAUCUGUCAUCAAGAAGGGAUGAGACACGGAAAAAAGAAUCAGAUAGACGAGAAGAAAAUCGAAAACGAGAGCAAUCUUCCCGUCAUAGUUUAAAAACUAAUAACGAAACAAAAAGUUCAGAUAAUAAAAGCCGCGACAGAUUGGCAAGUCGCGAACGUCAAAACAGCCGAGAUCGUCACAUUAGUCACGAUCGACGCAGUCGUGAUAGAUUAUCUAGCAGAGAGCCUCGUCGUCAUGCUAGUCGCGACAAAAGGGAUAGCAAAAGCAAGGAUCGGUAUGGAAAUAGAGAUCGACAUGACGGUAGUCGUGAUCGACGAGACAUCCGGUACCACGAUCAUCGACUCGAAGAUCGAUCUCGCAGUACUGCAAGAAGAUCACGUAGCCCUACUCGAAACAGAUCAGAAAGAGAACGAAACGAUCGGUAUAAAAGAUCCAGAUCUCUUUCUCGAAGUCAUAGAGAUCGAGACAAACAAAUCAGAGAUCAUAUUAGAGAUCGUGAGAAGGAUAGAGACAGAAAUAGCAAGCGAGAACGCAAUGAUAAGUAUAAGGAUUCUUUAUCGGAAGGUCUUAAAGUAGAACAUUCAGAUAGUUCGAGUGAAGAGGACAUCAAAGAUAUCGAUAUCGAAGAAGAAGAAGAUGAGGAAGCUAUAAUAGAACGUCGACGAAAACAAAGAGAAGAAUUGCUCAAAAGAUUAAGUGGACCAAAUGAAGAUUCAAAUAUGUCUGCCGACAUUAAUGUCGUUGGUUCUCCAGAAAGCCAAUCUAAUAUAUCGCAAAAAUCUGUAGAUAUACCAUCUAAUAAUAAUGAAUCCAUUUUGGAGAGCCAUACUCCACCACUGCCCACAGAAAAACUAGAAUCUCCGCCUCCAGCCAAAAAAAGAAAGUCCAGAUUUGAGGACACACCACUUAAUGAGCCUGACAAAACUGGGAAAAUGUCUGAAAGGUUUAAACAAGAAGAAAAGCAAACUUCAAAAAAAUCGAACGAAUGGGACAUGUUCGCAGAAGCAGAUAAUAUUGGUGAUUUUAACAGUCCUACGCUUGAAGGAAAACGUCAAGGAGGACCAGACAAUCCUAGUUUGACAGAUAAUUGGGACGAUGCCGAAGGAUAUUAUCGAGUACGUGUUGGAGAAACGCUAGAUGCACGAUACGUAGUCUAUGGAUAUACAGGUCAAGGAGUAUUUAGUAACGUAGUAAGAGCAAGAGACAGCGCUAGAGGAAAUUUGGACGUAGCUGUGAAGAUUAUAAGGAACAACGAAAUAAUGCACAGAACUGGUUUAAAGGAACUAGAAAUUCUUAGAAAGCUGAAUGACGCUGAUCCGGAAGAUAGAUUUCAUUGCUUGCGACUAUUUAGGCAUUUUUUUCACAAAAAUCAUUUGUGUAUGGUUUUUGAACCUUUAGCUAUGAAUUUAAGAGAGGUUUUAAAGAAAUAUGGCAAAGACGUUGGCUUACACGUUAAAGCGGUAAGAUCGUAUACGCAGCAACUUUUUCUAGCACUAAAGUUAUUAAAACGUGCGAAUAUUCUGCAUGCUGACAUCAAACCGGAUAAUAUUCUAGUCAGUGAAAGUAAACUAGUACUGAAACUCUGUGAUUUUGGCUCCGCAUCACACGCUCACGAAAAUGAAAUAACACCAUACUUAGUUUCGAGGUUUUAUCGUGCACCCGAAAUUAUUCUUGGUAUACCAUAUGAUUUUGGUAUUGACAUGUGGUCUGUGGGAUGUACCAUAUAUGAAUUAUACACGGGAAAAAUAAUGUUUUCGGGGAAAACGAAUAAUCAAAUGUUAAAGUACUUCAUGGAUCUAAAGGGCAAAAUGCCAAACAAGCUAAUUAGAAAAGGAUCAUUCAAGGAUCAGCAUUUUGACAGCAACUGCAAUUUUCUAUAUCACGAAGUUGAUAAAGUUACUGAACGGGAAAAAGUCGUUGUAAUGUCGACGUUACCAGCCACUCGAGAUCUCAGCGCAGAACUCGGUGGAAAUUCUUUACCACCGGAACAAAAUCGCAAAGUCGGACAACUAAAGGAUUUGCUGGAACGAACAUUGAUGUUGGAUGCAGGGAAGAGAAUCACUGUGAAUCACGCUCUGGCGCAUCCCUUUAUACAAGAAAAGAUAUAGCAGGAAGAGGCGGUGCAAAAAAAUGUGAGCGUUUUGCAACAGAGGGAAAAUAUAGUUGUAAUGUUGCACAAAACCGUACGCCAUGAGCAAUACUGUAUGAAUCCGAAGAUGUGUCUUCGAUUCAAACAUCGUUAAGUGCGACCGGACCUUUCAAGGGCCUUUAGCGCCGAUCCCGUUACAAGCCCUCCCUGUGAGGAGGGGAGGCAAUGGAAGAGGUGAUGAAAACAAUUGAUGAGGAGGAAAGGAAAAAUGCGAUGUACUUGCGCCUACUGUCGUGUCUACUGCGUAAAAGUACAUGCACUGUCACUAAACACAGUUCAACAAGGUUUAUAGAAGGUUUAACUAGAUUUAUAUCCGCGCGCUAAGGUUUCUCUUAAAGUUGCUUGAGAUUACAAUGAAGGACUCGUAAGUAUGUAUACAGGUAAAGUACAUGAUUAUGAAAUUUUCACGUGACAUUUAUCAUGAA